AUGAUUGAAGAAGAUAAGGAUAUUUUGGAUUUACUUGAAAAUUUAAGCAAGUACAAUUUAUUGCUGGAGCAAUUACAAAACUCCAUGCGAGAUGGCUAUAGUAAUUUAAGCAGAGCUAAUUAUCAUAAUAAAGACUCCAUACGAGGAAGAUACGGUAAAGAUUACUGGGAUUAUUCUUAUACUGGGAAUAAAACUGUUAAAGUGGAUUUGACCUCUGGAGAAGAUACCAUUUCUAUUUUCAAAACGAAACUUUUAAACUCUGAUUCAAUUGAAAUAAAAGAAGAUGAUCAAAGCAGUAGUAACACAAUAAUUGACGAGAAAAAUGAUAAUGUUUUGAAAAACAGAAAGGAGAAGACAACCAGUAAAACGAAGACUUCCAAGAGUAGCAAUGAAGUAAAACCCGUUAUAGAAAAAAAUCCAAUAACGAUGUUUGGAAGUGCAUUUACAAUACCACAGUCACUGAGAGAUUCUCAGACUAAUUUUGAAAGUAUCAUUCCAUUGUUACAAGAGCUUAUAAAUACUAAAAAUAAGAUAAACAAAAUCACAAAUGAUGCCCUGUAG